UAAAAACAUUGGGACACGUGGCAUGUUGAAGUUUUCACGAAAAUUUGCAAAUAAAAAACUCAAACAAGUAGGCCAAAACUUCAGCAUGGUUAGAUGGUCAGCUGUUUUUUGGGACACAUUCGUAACACUGCGCGUAACAUAACCUCUCUCGAACGUGUUCCGGGCUGUUUUUCUUCUCGUUUCUUUCCUGGCCAAAGGGGAUGAUGUUUACGCGAAGUGCAAGACAAUUAGUGAGUUUAUGUAGGAAUUUACAUGAAACCUGGCCAAGUACAUCAGUUCUGGGAAGGAAACUCCUUCAAUGUGAACCACUAUCCGGAAGAGCAGCAAUUCACAGUUCUCUCGCGAAUUCCGGGAAGAUUUUCCCCGAGAGGGAGAAUGACUACGCUCAUGGGAUUCUCGAGAGGGUUGGAAAGUACCAUCUCAUAAAGGAUGACGUUAAAUCCAUUGGGGAGCUGCUGUCAGAGCAGCAAUUCCGGGAGAUUUGUGAACGAAAAAGUUGGUCAGGAGUACCCCAUGGGGAGAUGGUGGAGACUUUUGAGAAACUAGCCGUGUACUGUGGGAAGAAUGACAUUAAGCUAGCUGAUUCCCGGCUGGAUAUCUUCAUUGAUGCCAUGGUUGAGCUGUGCUUCAGCUUCACGGAUGACCUCCUGCUGAAAACCCUUCGAUUGCUUACACACUUCCCACCUUCGGAUGGGAUAAAUAGUAGGAAUUUUGUGGAAAUCUGGUCAGCACUGGAUGAUGCGUGCGUUGAGAGAAUCGACAAGUGGCAGACGGAGCAGCUUCUCCUUGUCUGUGAUCACUGGUACGCCCUGAACUUGGCCAAAGUGUGCAAAUGUACCUUUCAAGCCACAAAGAAGCUGGGCAGGAAGCUAAAAGCCCUCUCCCCGACCAAUCUCGUGCAGACAAUGUUCUACGUCAAUAUGCGCCGUAAGCCCCUGCUGGAUAUGUUUGACUUCGAGGUGAAUCUCUUUGAGUCCAUUGACAAUCUCUCCCUGGAUGAGAUUGCCGUGAUGAGUAUGGGAUUCUUCAAGACAGAAACCAAAAUUCGCAACCCGGAGCUCGUGGAUAAAAUCUUCCAGCGUGUCACGGCGGAAAUUAAGACGGUGCAGGACAUAAGUCUCGUGAGCAUAAUGAAAAUCUUGCGAUAUUCAGCAAAGUUGCAGCAUAUUCAGCUUCUCGAUGACUUCCUCAUUGCUGUGACGCCGGAAAUCCAUCGGCUAUCACUCCUCAGUUGCCUCCAUAUUGCCCUCUUCGGCACCGACAUGCAAUUCUACAAUCACGGCUGCCUGGAGAAGGUUAUUGAGCGCUUUGCGGCGGAUUUGAAGUCUUGCCGGUUGAAGGAAUUUGAGAGAUUGACCUUUGUUAUGGGCCUGUACUGCUUCACAAGUUCUUCAGGGACUCACACGAAGCUCUGUCAGGAAAUCCUUGCGGAACUCCCGAAUAGAAUAAGCGAAAUAAUGAAGUAUCCAAGGUGCUUUCCUUCCUGCCUGCACUUCCUCACCCUCUGUGGGUAUCACAAUGAAGAACUCCUGAGCACGGUGCUCGAUCCAAAAUUCUACGAUAUGGCCUAUGGGAAGAAUCUUAUGGCAAGUAGGGAGCUCCUCUGCUUGGAUUCCUUCGCGAGGAUUAACCUGAAGGACACAUACAAAGGGAAUCUUCUCACGGAAAAAUUCCGAACUACUCUGACCAAAAUGCACACAAGCUACAUCCCAUCGCGUGAUCAACGCUACAAACUUUCAGCAGCUGAUAUGAUCCUCCUGGAGAUUAAGGAGACAUGCGAUGAGCUCUGGGGACGUGAAAAUCCUCACAUUUGUCACGUCCUUUCGCAGUAUGAGCGUCCGGAUGUUGUGGUGGCGUUGAGUAGGAAAACAGGAGAAGCUGUGGAGCUUCGGGACUUUCCUCCUCACUACACGGGGAUGAUUCUUUCGCGAGAUUAUCUCCUGAGGAAUAUUACCAACAAAGAGGAUCUUGAUGUGUUUGUGAUUGUCGUUGGAGGAUGGAAUAUCCUCGUGAGGAACACAAACGCCAUGACGGGGCAGUUAAAGUUGAAACUCGAGCAGCUACGAUUGCUCGGACUUACUCCUAUUAUGAUUCCUUGGUAUACAUGGCGCAAGAUGACUCCUGGAGAGCGUCCAAUGUACAUCAAGAAUUGCAUAAAGCAACUCAGUCAACCAGCAAACUCGUAGCAUUGCGGAUUUUUAGUGAAAAAAGAAAAAGAAAAACGUGGAUAGAUAACAAAAUAAACAAUUAGGUAAUUUAAUAUUAGAAAA